AUGUUUGUUCCAGGCUACAGCACAAUCGCUCAACUAACAUUCCGCUAUCUGGGUUUCGACAUCGGCGUCUUUGUCACGGGAUGGCUUGUCCUCUUUGGCCUGUAUCACGGAGCCAUCUUUACUUACGGCCGAGCUUACGACUAUUUCACCGUCUACUACACGUCGUCCGUCGUUAUUGACGAAUCCGAUAUCCUGUACGACCACGUCAUGAGCUGGAUAGCGGUGCAGCACAUGCCGACAUCUAGUAGACGUCUGACUGCAGCUACCCGCCACGUUCGCGGAGUCGAAGACGCAGAUGAUAGUGACGACGGAUUGGAUGAAUAUGGAAUUUUCAAUAAUGUGAAGUGGGCGGGCAACAUACCACCAGUAUAUCAGCCCAGUUUCGGUGACUACAACUUUUAUCACCAGGGUCGAUGGUUUAGUUUUGCGCGUGUCAAGAAGGAGCAGACUGGUGGACGGAGAGACAGUUACGAUGAGCAGAUUGUACUGUGCUGCAGAGGGAGGGGAACUGAGCCUAUUAAGCAACUGCUUAUCUACGUCAAAAGGUGGAGUCUUAACAAGGCAAGUACAACUACAUCGAUUUAUCAAGCUCCAAAUCAAAACGGUCGCGGGGAGCGGUACUGGAGACGUCAGUCUAGACGCUCGUCACGGCCACUUAGCACGGUAGCUCUAGACCAGCAACAGAAAGGCAGGAUCGUUGCGGAUAUUAACGAGUAUCUCAACCCUGCCACGGCGCGUUGGUAUGCCGCACGUGGUAUCCCUCAUCGCCGUGGCUAUCUCUUCCAUGGGCCACCAGGAACAGGGAAAACAUCGCUUUCUUUUGCUCUAGCUGGCAUAUUCGGUCUGGAUGUGUACUGUCUCUCUCUCAACGACGGCAUCACCGAGUCCGAGCUGAGUUCCUUACUCAACGAACUUCCUCGUCGAUGUUUCCUUCUCCUUGAAGACAUCGACGCUGCGGGUAUUCGGCGUGAGGGUCUUGCAUCUCCCGUUCUAGCUAUCGAUGAUGCCACAGUUGUUCUUGAGGCACACAAGAUUGGAACACAGGACAAGCCAGGUAUUACACCAUCGAAAGCUCAUAGUAUUCUUGCGUGGCCUCUGAUACUAGUUCGGUUGCCCUUCAGUCUCUUCAGCCGGUUUGCGAAGCAGAAGGAGCCAGUAAAGGACCCCGCACUUCCAGAAUCUCCAAAAAAGUCUGCGCAUAAGGCAGUGGCGAACGUAGCCGAAAAGUCACUUUCAGAAGCAACGGAUAAGCCAGUUUCAACAGAAGUCUCAAGAGGAGGUUUGGGCUCCAUAAGUCUAAGUGGACUGCUCAAUGUCAUCGAUGGUGCCGCUUCCCAUGAGGGUCAUGUGCUCAUCAUGACUACCAAUACACCAGACAAGCUGGAUGACGCUUUAACCCGACCGGGUCGCGUUGAUCUCCAGAUCGGCUUCACACUCGCCACGCGCGAUCAGAUCCGCGACAUGUACAUGCGCAUGUUCAACGCCGACACCGCCAUAUCUGAGAUUACCCCUGAGACCGAGGUCGCUAUGGAUAAUGGAAUACCCGCAAAUGCAGUCGGAACCCACGAACUCCUCGGUAUCUGCCUGCCCAAGAAAUCCGUUGCCGCCACCCUCGAGCUAGGCAAGCUCGGAGAGAUGGCACAGCAUUUUGCUGAUGCCUUACCCGAGAAGAUCUUCUCGCCUGCGGAGGUCCAAGGCUAUUUGCUGAUGCACAAGAUGGAGCCAAAGAAGGCGAUAGAGGAAGUGAGCAAGUGGAAAGAUGAGAUGCUUGAGAUGAAGAAGAAGAAGAAGAAGAAGAAGAAGGGAAACAAGCUUGUAGUUACUUGA